GAUAAGUUUCUAAUUUGUUUUUUCGUAACCAAAAAUGUUAACUGAUGCUAAUGUUCUUGUGUUGCACCAAAUAAUCUUUGUUUGAUGUUAUGAUGUAUAAAUAAUUAAGAAAAACAAUUUUGAUACUUGUAAUAAAUAAACCUUUAAGAAAUGUUGAUGAACAUUUGUAUAAUAUGCAAUUUAUUUUUCGUAAUAAAAUUAAUUUUCAUUUCAUGGCGUUAUUAGCUAAUCUAAUAAAGCAUGGUACAGAGUAAUACUCUUAAAUAGAUAGCUCUUCAAUUGACCUGUGUCCUCUUCCCCCAUCUCGACGUUCUAGUUAUCUGGUUUCUCUUGAUUCACUCUUUAGGCUACUAUCAUUUGACUCAGAUAUACGCAUCAAAUAUGACCUCUUCGUUAAAAAGAGUUUACAUACUUUUCAUAACUGUUGUGAUGACAGUUAGUGCCGAAGUUAUUGUAUGGAAAUCUUGCCCAAAUGACUCAAGUACGCCAAAAGUCUGUACGAUUCAUGAAGUUCGCGUACUCCCAUGUAAAGAAGCAGUUCAAGGAAAAGCAUGUAAUUUAAAAAAAGGAGAAGAUGCUAAAAUCAGCUUCGACUUUACCCCAAAAUUUGAUGCUUCGAAAGUUGAAUCGCGAGCUUACUGGCCAAAUCAGCUUGUUGAUUUGCCAUUGAUGGGCAUGGAAUCCGAUGCUUGUAAGGAAGGAACAACAUGUCCUUUAGCAAGAGAUACAAAAUAUACUUACAAUAUUAAUCUGCCUAUCUCAAAAAAAUUCCCAACAAGGCCGUUUGACGUCAAAUGGAAACUAUGGAAUACUGAAAAGGAAGACGAAUUAUGCUGUUUUCUAUUUCAAAUUAAUUUAUUAAAGUAAAAUUGGUGUAUCAAGAAACAUUUUUUUUUAUUUUCAUACCAUAUGUAUUUUCACAUUUUUUGAGUCUUGAAUGUAUAAAAAACGUUAAAAUAAAUUUGUCGAAAUAAUAU